GUUCGAUGUCGCAGUUGUGACCCGGUCCGCAGCGCACGGGUGUGCGCAUUUGCCCAGCCCGGCCCGCCCCAACUCAACUCAACUCAUCAGCUUGCUUGUGGUACAGCUUGUGCGUGAGUUGAGCAGGUCUGCAGUGGUUGCGCAGUUCCGCGACACUCGAUCAUCGGGUGGAUUCGAGGGUUUGAGUGAUGAGGAUCGGCGUGUCGGAGAAGAUUCAUCGGGCGCUGCAGAGAUUGCAUCUGCACGGGAUCGGGGGUGGGAAUUCGCUCCAGCACAAUGUGCACUGCGACGUGAAGGUCAGGAAAGUCGACCUGGUGCCCAGCGACGUGCCUGCGGGGUUCUUGGUCGUGUACGUCGGUGACGAGCGGCGUCGGUUCGUCAUCAGGGCCUAUACCUUGAAGCAUGCAGUGUUUCGCGUGCUCUUGGAGAAGUCGGCCGAAGAGUUUGGUUACAAGCACGACGGUGGGUUGAUCAUUGCUUGCGAUGUGGCAUUUUUUGAGCACCUGCUGUGGCUUAUCGAAACAAAAAGCCCUUCUCUUUGUAGGAUGGAGCUGCGGCAUUACUGGGCUUUCGCGCCCGAUAAUACUAUUUGUCACAUGGUGGAUUGAAUGAGGGAGAGGAUGCGGAAUGAUCGAGUACGGAGAGCGUGGAUAUUUUGUGCGAUUCGCGCUUUUCAGUGCGAUGGUGCGCAGUCUAGGAGAGGUGGAGGGGAGCCCCAAAUUGGCUACGGACGGCUGGGUGAGCGGUUAGACGUAUCAGUCGACUGUGGUGUCUAUGCCUUACGCCGAUGCGUAAUUCGAAAUCAUUUGUUACGACGUUGGAGGAAUAUCUUUUGGUACAUAUCAUUCUUUUGGAAAGAAUAAGCACUCUUAAGGUAUUAGCAUGCGACUGACGUUCUUGCGGUGAAUUAUCGUUACCAUUCUUUCAGUUGAUCCGAUCUGGCACAGAGAAUGAUGCGUGUCAGGAGCCUCGCUAUGGAUCAUUAUUGACUUACUUACACCAUGACAACCUCUCUGUGCCCAAUCCAGGGUUGGUUGGCUGAUUAGUUUGCGACAAUGAAAUUCGGUAAAGCGAUCUCAGCUCACGGCAUAGUGAAGAUAAUUCCGAUUUGCAAACGUAGGAAGACUUUGUUUCAGCCUGUUCGCUGUAGCCUUGUCUUUUUACCACCAGCCUGUGGGUAGCUGGUAGCUUGUAGCUUGGGCGGUGUUGCUCGUCCAUGCUAAGGCUAUGAGAUGUUUGACGCUGUGAAUUGCGUACUGCAUGACAAGCCUUAGGAUGUGUCUCCGAAGAUUUAUUUAGCAUUGUGCGAGACAAAAUUUUGUAGUUUAUGAGCACACGCUGUGUUCAUAACGGAGCCCCUCGUCCUGUAGAAGUUGAUCGAUGACCUACCUGUGUCAUGGCAUUCGUCAGACCAUAACAUCCCUUAAAUCACUAAUUGUCUUCCACGUACUAGUGUGUUAGCAAGGCCAUUUGAGAACAUGUGCUGCAUUGCAUACUAUGUGUUGUAAAAUUCGCUCCUUUAUCCUGAGUCGGAUUGAAAGAA